GCUCGGGAGGCGUCCGGGCCAACUCCGGAGCGCAGUGGGGGUGGGACCGGGGUCUCGCCGGGACGCCCCUUCUCAGCAGUGGGCCUGCGCUGUACCCCGGGAGCCGCGAUGGAGGGGGGCCCACAGACCGUCGGCCAGGUAUUAAGUAAAGGAGAUUCAAGCCUUGCCACAGAAUCACAGGAAGAGUUAGAGGAAACUCCUAGUCCAGUUGUGGAUGAGAAUAUGGUGUCAGCUAAAAAACAGCCAAAUUUUCAUAACUGGAGUAAUGACUGGAGCUUUUGGAUUUCAAGUUGCACCUAUAAAGACAGAAAUGAGGAAUACAAAAAACAGUUCACACAUCUGCCUAAUACAGAAAAACUUAUAGCAGAUUAUGCUUGUGCUCUUCAGAGGGACAUUUUGCUUCAGGGACGACUAUACCUUUCAGAAAACUGGCUGUGUUUCUAUAGCAACAUCUUCAGAUGGGAAACCACGAUUUCCAUUGCUUUAAAGAAAAUAACCUUCAUGACCAAGGAGAAAACUGCUCGACUCAUCCCAAAUGCUAUUCAGGUUGUUACAGAAAGUGAAAAGUUUUUCUUUACAUCUUUUGGUGCCCGUGACAGAAGUUAUCUAAGCAUCUUUAGAUUGUGGCAAAAUGUAUUAUUAGACAAGAGCUUGACCAGACAGGAAUUUUGGCAACUGCUUCAGCAGAACUAUGGAACUGAGCUAGGCUUAAAUGCUGAAGAAAUGGAAAACUUGUCUUUGUCAAUUGAGGAUAAUGUACAGCCAAGAAGUCCAGGAAGAAGUAGUUUGGAAGACUUUGAAGAAAGAGAGGAAAAAUUAUCUAAGUCUAUCAGUUUUACUCGUGAAUCAAAUCGUGACUCAAUUCGGGUUUCAGAAACAGAAUCAAAUGAUGGAAAUUCACCAAAAGGAGGGUUAGGGAAAGAAGAAGCCCCAAAUGAGAAACAAAUGAAAAAGAGUCCUUUGCUAACUUCAGAAUUGAGGCUAAGUAGAGUCCCAUCAAAAUCACUGGAUUUAAAUAAAUAUGAAUAUCUUUCUCUGGACAAAAGCAGCUCUUCAGAUUCCAUUGAAGAAGAAAAUAUUCCUGAGAAAGAUCUUCAAGGAAGACUUUAUAUCAAUCGUAUUUUUCACAUCAGUGCUGAGAGAAUGUUUGAAUUGCUUUUCACCAGUUCACGCUUUAUGCAGAAAUUUACCAACUCUAGAAACAUAAUAGAUGUAGUAUCUACCCCAUGGAAUAUAGAGCCUGGAGGUAAUCAACUGAGAACCAUGACCUACACGAUAGUCCUUAAUAAUCCAAUUACUGGCAAGUGUACCACUGCCACUGAGAAGCAGACUUUGUAUAAAGAUAGCCGGGAAGCACAAUUCUAUUUGGUAGAUUCAGAAGUACUGACGCAUGACGUUCCCUAUCAUGAUUACUUCUAUACCCUGAACAGAUACUAUAUCAUCCGCUCUUCCAAACAGAAAUGUCGGCUACGAGUUUCCACAGAUUUGAAGUACAGAAAACAACCAUGGGCUCUUGUCAAGUCUUUAAUUGAGAAAAAUUCUUGGAGUUCAUUGGAGGAGUAUUUCAAAAAGCUUGAAUCAGAUUUGGUAAUGGAAGAAUCGAUGUUAAAUCAGUCCUUAGAAGACCCUGGAAAAGUUCCUGGCCUUCGAAGGAGAAGGCGAACAUUCAACCGAACAGUAGAAACAAUUCCUAAAUUUUCUUCUGGAUGUUCUAGAGAUGUGAGCCCAGACACCAGAGGGGAUUUUACAGGCACAAGAAAAGAAAUGGGAAGCUAUGGCACCACUCUGGUCGUGGUGAUGAGUAUUUUUUUGCUGUUUCUAGUUUUGUUGAAUGUGACCCUAUUUCUGAAGCUGUCAAAAAUAGAAUAUGCUACUCAGUCCUUUUAUCGUCUCCACCUCCAGAAAGAAAAAUCUUCAAAUUUAGCCUCUGAUAUGGUGUCAAGAGCAGAAAACAUUCAGAAGAACAAAGAUCAGGGGCAGCGUUUAAAAGGAGUGCUCCGAGACUCAAUUGUGAUGCUCGAACAGCUAAAGAGCUCACUCAUCAUGCUUCAGAAAACCUUUGACCUACUAACUAAGAAUAAGACUGUUGUGGCUGUCGAAAGCUAGGGGUCAUAAGGACUGAAAUUGUAGAGGUGUUUGGAACUAAAAGAAAACAUCCAGAAGAAACCAGGAAACCAGAAAACCAGAAACCAGAAAAUGAAUAAUUGUCCUAAGACAUUUCUAUAUUUUCUCAUUAUUGGUGCAUCUAAUAUGAAUAUUCUUAUCUCUUAAUUACAUCUAGUAGUUUCCAAUGGCCUUAAGAAUCCAUUCUUUUACCUUUAUAUAAUUCUAAGCUGUGAAUUUCCUCAGUGAACCAUGAAAUACAUUGCACAUUUGAAUUUCUGUGAUACAGAAAAGAAAAAGACACUGAUCUGAGUGGUAUGGUCUCAUUUUUGCAGAGAUUUGAUGUUUAAUGCUUUAGUUUUUAUUACAGAAUCAGUGUGCCCAGCAGCUUGUUUUCACAGAUGAGAUAUGUUCAAGAGAUUGCAACAGGAGAAACUGCUGUCAUGACUAAAUCUGAGUUUUAAGCAUUAACAUUUUUAGAUUUGUGUACUGUAAAUAUCACAGUGUCUUCAUUUAGCAAAUAAAUGCUAAUUCAAUAGUCAGUUUUGUUGUAUUUGCAUGUUGAUGAUUAUUUGAAAGUUUCUUCAAUUGCUUUUCACUCUCUCUUUAACUUGAGAAUGGGGUUGG